UUAAUUUUCAAUUGACAGUCACUGUGCUUCAGAAAACGUUUACUGUUCUAUGCUUUAUAUGUACCUAUAGUACAACUUAUUUUAGUUUCGUAACGGCACGUAACAUUUAUCUUAUAUUUCAUUUAUUAUUCCUUAUUAAAGAUACACUUGACAUUCAUAAACAAAUAUUAUUCAUCAGAUGAAAUCAAUUUAUGCUCACUUUAAGCUCGAUUGCGAACUAACGUCCAAUGAGGAUGAAUUAAAUCUUAUGAAUAAAUAUACGGAAGAAAGCAAAAUUUUUACGUUAGUAGUUAUAGGUAAGUAUGAAAAAGAUUAUGCUAAUAACUAUAAAUAUAAAUUACACAUUUACACAUACACACACACACACACACGUCUAUGUAUUUAUAUAUGUUCUCGAAUUUUUGCAGUUACCUACAAUCUUUAUGCCAUUUCGUUGAUAUCACCGUGUAUUUUAAAUAUUUUAUUGUAUUUCUGUACAUUGGACAACGUUGAUUUACUUUUACCCUUUUCCAUCAAUAUUAAUAUUACAAAAGCAGGAUUACUAUAUUAUAUUUUGCUUAUUUAUCAAAUAAUAGCAAUUUAUCUAUUGAUGAUGAUAGCUGGUAUAUGUCUUUCAUCAUAUUUGGUAGUAAUACAACACGCAUGCAGUCAAUUUAGUGUUAUAAUGUAUAUGAUCAAUCAUGUAAAAUAUAUUUCUUUUAAAUUAAAUUAUACCAUUUUAUAAACGUAUAGUUAUUGCAGGCUCAAAAUACGACAACCAUUUAUGAAUCAGAAAUAUAUAAAAACUGUUCAGUUCGAUGGAGUACCUAACGAAGAAUUAAAUUGGAUAAUCGACAUUAUUAUUCGUUACAGAAGAGUUACGGAGUUUGUCAAUAUGCUAAAUAAUUUUUCCAAGAUCACAUAUCUACUUCUAAUUUUCUUAGCUAUGUUUCUCAUCGUCUUUGAUUUCCUUUAUAUAUUUCAACUAUCAUCGACAUUGAAAAAUAAUAUUGAAAUAAUCGAACAAAUUAUUUAUAUCAUCGCCUCUAUAUUUACGAUAUAUGCUAAUUUUUAUUAUGGACAAAGGCUUAUAAAUCACAGCAACGCAACUUUCAAAGAAUUAUGUCAAGUACCCUUUUAUGCUCUUUCCAUUAGAACUCAAAAGCUCCUGUUAUUCGCUUUAACAAGAAGCAUGAAGCCAAGCGUAUUAUCAAUAGGUGGUUUUUUCGUGUCGUCGCAUGAAGUUUUUGCCGGGAUAAUGCAGAAAGCAUUUUCGUUUUCUUUAAUGUAUUACAGUGUACAAUAAUUGAAAAUUAUAUCUCGACAACGAAUAUAUGAAAUCUAUUAUAAAAAGAUUAAAUUGAAUUAGUUCUACAGAAAAAGAAAAGAAAAGAAAAAAAUAGAUUUGUAUUAAUUUAUAAAAUACGAGCAAAUAUUGAAAUAUACGUUAUGCAUGUUACUUAUU